AUGGGUAGCAUAAAGUCUUUUGACGUCGAGAGCCUCAUUGAGGAGCUUACGCUCGAGGAGAAAGUAGCUCUUACUGCAGGAAAGGAUUUCUGGCACACAGUCGAUAUUCCGCGGCUUGGUAUACCUUCCAUACGCCUCUCCGAUGGUCCAAAUGGAGUCCGAGGAACCAAGUUCUUUGGUGGCGUGCCUGCAGCUUGCUUGCCUUGCGGUACCGCGAUUGGGGCUACGUUUGACACGGAAUUAACGCUUAAGAUUGGGCACCUCCUGGGCGAAGAAGCGAAAGCCAAGGGGGCCCACGUACUCCUUGGACCGACCAUCAAUAUCCAGCGAUCACCUCUCGGCGGCCGUGGAUUCGAGUCGUACUCCGAGGAUCCCUUCUUGGCUGGCAUCCUUGCCGGUUAUUACUGCAAGGGACUGAAAGAAAAGAAUAUCGUUGCAACGCUGAAGCAUUUUGUGUGCAAUGAUAUGGAAUCCCAACGAAUGGCAGUAAACGCGGUAGUAACCGAAAGAGCUUUGCGGGAGAUAUAUCUCUUCCCCUUUAUGGUUGCAGUAAAGAUGUCAAAGCCCGGCGCAAUCAUGACGGCGUACAACAAAGUCAACGGUACGCAUGCGGCGGAAAGCCGGAAUCUGCUACAAGAUAUCCUCCGAGAUGAGUGGAAGUGGGAGGGUCUUGUAAUGAGUGAUUGGUUUGGUACCUAUAGUACUACAGGCGCCAUCCAAGCCGGCUUGGAUCUCGAAAUGCCGGGGCCAUCACGGUGGCGAGGGCCGGCCCUCAGCCAUGCCGUUGUUGCCAAUAAGGUCAAGACCUCACAGCUCAAUGACCGAGUAAGGAAUGUCUUGAGACUGGUGGAUUAUGCUACUAGAUCUGGUGUUCCAGAGAACGCUCCGGAGCAUAUUCUAGACCGCGAGCAGGACCGGCAACUUCUACGACAAGUGGCCGCGGACUCCAUUGUCCUCCUCAAAAAUCAGAACGGUGUUUUACCACUCAGUAAGGAUAAGCGUGUUGCCGUCAUAGGUCCGAAUUCAAAGGUAGCGACUAUCUGUGGAGGAGGAAGCGCAUCGCUCAAUCCCUAUCGCGCAGUCACACCAUUUGAGGGAAUCAAGGCUUCAGCCACUUCCGAAGUCGAAUUCGCUCAGGGCGCGUACGGACAUCAAUCAUUACCGCAACUCGGGCAACUGCUUCGGACCGUCGAUGGCAAGCGAGGCUUCACGCUUAAGAUCUACAACGAACCCCCUAAGGCGUUCGAAAGACACCUUCUCGAGGAGCGACUACUGUCAGACUCAAUGGUCUUUUUCCUUGACUACAGCCAUCCAUCGCUACAACCGAUAUGGUACGCCGAUGCUGAGGGUAUCUUCACCCCGGAGGAGAGCGGCAUCUACGACUUCGGUCUUUGUGUGCAAGGCACGGCAAAGUUAUACGUUGACGGCGAACUUCUUGUCAGCAACGUGGAAAAUCAAAGAUCUGGUCCCAGUUUUCUAGGCGCCGGCACGCUCGAAGAAGUUGGAACAAAAGAUCUGAAAGCAGGAAGACGAUACAGGAUCCUCGUGCAGUGGGGAUCCGCAAAGACGAGCAAGCUCAAGGCCCCUGGCGUCGUCGAUUUCGGUCACGGAGGAUUCAGAAUCAGUGGCUGCAAGCGAUUAUCACCUCCGGAAGCCAUGGAGGAAGCAGCAGAACUGGCCAGCAAUGUGGAUCAGGUUGUGUUGUUCGCAGGCCUGAGUGGGGAGUGGGAAACAGAGGGACAGGACCGUGAAGCAAUGGAUCUACCACCUCACAGCGAUGAACUCAUCUCCAAGGUCCUCGAAGCGAACCCGAACACCGUGGUAGUCAUCCAGAGCGGCACGCCUGUGGCAAUGCCCUGGAUCGACAAAGCGAAUGCUGUUGUACACGCUUGGUAUGGAGGCAAUGAGACUGGUCACGGGAUCGCAGAUGUGAUCUAUGGAGAUGUGAACCCAUGCGGGAAGCUCCCCCUUACGAUACCACGGCGCCUCCAAGACACCCCUGCAUACCUCAAUUACCGCUCCGAAGGCGGACGUGUGCUCUACGGUGAAGAUGUCUACGUCGGAUACCGCUAUUUCGACAAGGUCGAGAUCCCACCAUUGUUUCCUUUUGGACAUGGCCUCUCAUACACAAAAUUUCAUCUGUCCGGAAUCGGGGUUGAGAGCCUGUCGGAAAUGGAAUUCGUCGUCUCCACCAAAGUCGCCAACACUGGCUCUCGUGCGGGCGCAGAAGUAAUCCAGGUCUACAUUGCGCCUGUCUCGCCUCCCAUUAACCGCCCGAAAAAGGAGCUGAAGGGUUUCAAGAAGGUGUAUUUGCAGCCUGGAAGCGAAAGUGUGGUCGAGGUGAAGCUUGAUAUAAUCCGCUCGACGAGCUUUUGGGAUGAGUAUAGCAGCAGAUGGUGUAGUCAUGCAGGAACAUACAAUAUCUUGGUAGGAACAAGUAGCGCGGGUGAUUUUCUUGAGUCAUCCUUGGAAUUACAUAAGACCGUCUACUGGUCAGGGCUGUAA